UGUCAGCUGUGGAGCAGGGGACGAAGCACCGUGGAAACAUUCUUCACUCACAGAUUUUUAUUGUCUGCUUUAUUCUCCUAUUCCUGCAAUUUCUGUCCUACUGGACUCUGAGUUCUGCAGGUGAACCUGCCAACCUGAGCCAAACCAAGCAAACAUAGACCAAACCGCCUCCAACCACAAUGGAUAUUGCCAUCCAGCACCCCUGGUUCAGACGUGCCCUGGGCUCCAUCUACCCCACCCGACUCUUUGACCAGUUUUUCGGAGAGGGAAUGUUUGACUAUGACCUUUUCCCCUUCGCUGCCUCCACGAUCAGCCCCUAUUACAGACACUCACUUUUCCGCAACCUUCUGGAUUCCUCCAAUUCUGGGAUCUCUGAGGUGAGGUCUGACAAGGACAAGUUUACAGUCUACCUGGACGUCAAGCACUUCUCCCCCGAUGAGCUGAGCGUGAAGGUCACUGAUGACUACCUGGAGAUCCAGGGCAAGCAUGGAGAAAGACAGGACGACCAUGGUUACAUCUCUCGCGAGUUUCAUCGCCGGUACCGCCUGCCCACUUCUGUUGACCAAUCAGCCAUCACCUGCGCCCUGUCAACUGAUGGUCUGCUGACGCUGACUGGUCCAAAGCUAUCUGGAGGAAGCGAAUCUGGUCGUGGUGAGCGUAGCAUCCCCGUCACCCGUGAUGACAAACCCAAUGCUGCUCCAUCCUCAUAGAGGAAAAUCGGUUCAGUUCCCCAAGAAUCUGCUGGUCUGGGAUGGACAACCAGAGAUUUCUUCUUCUUCUACCCUUCCCUAAGAGGAUACUCUUGUUCUUCUUCCUUCAUUUUCUCUAGUUCCUCUAUAGCUUCCUCAUCCAGAACUACAGUAUCAUUGUUUUUAAGUAUAACAUAGAUCAGCCCUUAGGGGUUGCUAAGUAAGGUGCUCGAUACCCUUCCUUCUUUUGUCCUACCCUGUAAUGUAGUGUAGACCUUGUUCAGUGAAUAUCUGCUAAUAACAUAUAAUAAAGCUGUAAUAUUAACAAAUUGCAA